AUGGAAUCAUUGAUGCAGCGGAUUGACGAGCACAUCCAAGUUGAGGAUGAUGCCGCUAUAGCAACUGAGAGGGCAAAUUCGAUUGCGGCGGACAGACGCGUCGCGGGAAAGGUUCACUCAGUGGGCGAAGAGGAAGAUGCCAAGAGAAAGUUAAAGGCACGGACCAGCAUCACCACAGUUUUUAAGAUCCCAAUUUAUCGCAUCCUCAGCGAAAUUCGAGGUGAGCCAUACGUCUAUUGGCCAGCAAAAUUGGGAAAUGCACAAAGGGGCUUCAACUCAAGGUACCGCUGCACUUUUCAUGAAGAAAGGGGGCACCGCACAGAGGAUUGCGUGCUAUUGAAACAACACUUGGAAGAGUUGCUUGCGGCUAGGCACUUGGACCAGUACAUAGACGAAAGUAUGAAGGCCGCACCACAAGGACAAGCCGAGCCAAAUGGUCUUGCUGUCUUGGAUGUAGCACCCCAAGGAGUCAUCAAUGUUAUUUACAGUAUCAUCGAACCAGCGCAAGUUUAUGAGCUCAAGGGGAUGAUUAAGAAGGCCAAGCACAUGAGGGAAGUGCUCUCUGUUCAGCCCGUAGUGAAGAAAGGGAAAAUCGAGGUAAAAGACAUCAUUACCUUUUCGAGCAAGGACUUGGAAAGAAUUCAAACCCUAUAUAACGACGCUUUCGUAGUAACACUUCGUAUUAAGGAGUUUGACAUCAGGCGAAUACUGAUCGACUAG